AUGCACUCCUCUAUCUACCUCUUCUGUCCUAUAUCCUCUUCUCUCUCACCCCCUCUUCCAUCUCCUCUCCUCUCUUCCCUCCUUCCAACCUCUCUGUCCCCACCCUCCAGUGGUAAUGUGGAGGUGGUGGUCCAGCGGAGGAAGAUGUACAGUGCCGUGCCAGGGAGGCACUUUGUGGUGGUCCACGCCUACCAUCCACAGGCCGAGGGAGAGAUCACACUCUACAAGAACGACAGGGUUAAAGGUGAGACAUUUGGGAGUGUGAAGGAAAGAACAUACAAAUACAAUUGUAUUACGCUUAACACUGCUCUACCACUGGAUACAUUUGUGACACAGAUGGAAAUUAGCUCAAUCUGGUGCAACAUGUUGUGCAUGUGGUCCUUGAGAAAUAAACUAAUAGAGAGCAAUAAUAAUGGCGUCUUUUUCUAAGUAGUUAACUCCACCAUGGCUUGUUGGCCAAAGCAUAUGGGGGGGGGGGGGGGGCAUUUAUGUAUUCAAAACAAGCACAUAAAGGCUUCAUAAUUCUUAAAGGUAAUGUUAACUAGCUAAUAUUAUCUCAUAGAACAAAACGUAUAAGAUCUCCUAAGCCUGUGUUAACCUCAGACCUUAUUUUGGCGUUUAUCCCAAAACCCCAUUCAAAACAAAUCAAAUCAAAUUGUAUUUGUCACAUGCGCCGAAUACAACAGGUGUAGACCUUACAGUGAAAUGCUUACUUACAAGCCCUUAACCAACAAUGCAGUUAAAAAAAAAAAAAGUGUUAAGUAAAAAAAUAGAUAAGUAAAAAAGAGCAGCAGUAAAAUAACAGUAGCGAGGCUAUAUACAGGGGGUACCGGUACAGAGUCAAUGUGCGGGGGCACAGGUUAGUCGAGGUAAUUGAGGUAAUAUGUACAUGUAGGUAGAGUUAAAGUGACUAUGCAUAGAUAAUAAACAGAGAGUAGCAGCAGCAUUCAUUGGAAUGGCUGAACAAACCAGAGGUAAUUAAUUUCCGUUUUUUAGGAUAACAAGCUGGCGAGCUCUUUAAACACAGGUACCAUGCGAUCCGCAAGUGACAUUUACUACAGGACAUGUGCUGUGUAUAAUGAUUCUCUCUCUCUCACCAAACUCCCCCUCCCCUCGCUCCAGUUCUGAGCAUUGGAGAGGGGGGGUUCUGGGAAGGCAGUGCCCGGGGCCAGGUGGGCUGGUUUCCUGCGGAGUGCGUGGAGGAGAUUCCUGCCAAGCCCAGCGAGGAGAGGACGCGUAAGUCAUUAAGCAUGCUGACCCAGAUAUUUGGGAUUUUGGGAAUAGGAGAGUUGGGGAGCGCUGAGGAGGAGGAGGGAUGAUUUCUGCUCCAUGGAUCCCCCUGCUGGCAUCCUAGGGCACUGAGCCCCACUUUUCCACCCAGGAGAUAAUUGGGCUCAGCACAGAGACUGUUUAGUGUGUACAGGAAUAUGGAGGGAAGUCCCCUAAGCCCAAUUGACACACUAGGUGGAGCAAUCAGAAUUGACUUGCCUACCAAAGGUGUGCAGGGGCUAGGGGGUCUUUCCAGACUGACAAGAAAGAUGAACAGAGAGAAAGAGGGAGAGACGGAGAAGGGAGGGAGUUGGAUGGAGGGAAGGCCUGAUCCCCCACAUUCCUUCUCUCCCCUCUCCUCCUCCUCUCCUCUCAAGCCCCACUGUCAGAUGUCAGACAUAUGGGGCUUUGACAGUGGUGUGUAUUCAUGGAUGCCAAAGGAAGCCAGGCUUCCCCAAAAAAUGUACCAAGAAAAAAAGACAAAAACAUAUUUGAUCUUUCAUGACUCUGUGUUUCAUAAUUUUCCAUCAAUUCGCAAGAGGCUGAAUGUACCUCACUGGAGAAAGCAUCCGAGCGAGCAAAACAGCACCCCUCUGUCUCUCUAUGUGUAGCCCGUCUAUCUGAUGCUGUCUGGUCAAAAUGACUAUGACAUUGUUGCCGCCCAUAGCAUUGAAUGCAAGGGAAGCCAGCGAGCAUUUGGCCUCCCUUUAUAUUUUUUUAAAUAAAACAAUAGCCAAUCAGCGUUGAGCUAAACUGAGUGAUCUCAACUGGGAAUGGUCCUGGUGCACAAAAAAAAAAACUGUCAUGGUCACGCCAACCACAUCACAUCAAAAGCAAAACGUCAUUUACAAGAUAAACUGGAAGUGUUGCAUCUCGUUGUGUUGUUGUCCUCUGGUGGCUAAAAUCAUCUAUUUUUUAAAUUAAGGGAGAUAGGGAUUUGGUCUUGUGGUUUUACUUAAUUCUCCAUACUAGCCAAUUAAUAUAACGGCGAUUCUGAUCCAACCAUAAAUACAUACAUUGUGCACCUGGCCUGAGAGGAGGGAAGUUCAAUGUAGCUAGCUAGAUGUAAUAGGCUAUUGUUAACUAGCUGGCCUGGCGUAUCGUUGCCCAUGAAAGGAAGUUAGGAUAGCAAGCGAGCAUUUUAGCCAGGUAGCCUAGGACAACAAAAACGUAAAGUGUGAACUGUAUGACAGUCACACCGUUUCAGCAACAUGAAAGAGAGGAGGAUGUCAUUGCCGUUUCUCUACAAGUAGGGUGAGUCAACAUGUUUUUUCUACUGCCACGGACACACACACACAAAUCAGUCCCAUGGACAGCCACAUCAUAUUUAGCUUAUGUUGAUUGGACUAAAUUGUUUUUGGUAUCUUUUAGUUGUCACUGUAUUAGACUAAGCGUAGGUGAUUUGAUGAUGAAGUUGAAAUGGUGUUGGAAUAGUGGAGGCAGCUCCUGUUUACUUUUUGACUUGCGGUAACUCUCAGUGGUUCUAAAUCAAUAGUUGUUUAGUAGUCCGGAAAUGUUGGAAACAUUAACUUGCUGGACUAUGCUGUAGGUCAUGUAACUGUUUGCUACAUGCAAUAUGCUAUGAUGCUCUCUGAUUGGGAAGGUGUGGUUGAAUUUAUACUGCCACUGUCUUCUUAUUGUCUCGGCCUUAGGCCUAUAUUCCACGGUAGCAAGGCAUAUGAACCAGUGGAGGCUGAUAAUGUCUGUAAUGGAGUCAAUGGAAUGGCAUCAACCACAUGGAAACCACGUGAUUGAUACCAUUCCAUUGACCCCAUUCCAGCCAUUAUUAUGAGCCGUCCUCUCCUCAGCAGCCUCCACUGGUAUUAACUAACAGGUUAUAGAGAAAACAAUACAAUUAUCACAACACAUAAGUUCCCCAGUGAUUUUACCCACGUACAGCUACUGGGCUUUGAGCUAGUAUGUUACUGUGUGCGUGUUCACUGCUGUGUCAUCAAAGGCCUUCGGAUAUAUUUGCCAGCUUUGUAGAGUAUGAUCUGCCUCAUGACCUUUAAAUCAAGGGGACUUCUGGGUAUUAUACGCUAGCACCCUGACACAAGUGUGACAUCACUCGUGUAUGUCAUGGUUGUCAUCCUAUUGCUGAUACCCAUAAUAAUUUCUGGAGGCUUAGCUUGUGUUCCUUCCCAUUCCCAUGCUAUUGGUCAAUAACCACAUUAGCCAUCACUCUAUCUGUGCUAGCUCAGAUAUUGUUGCUAACCAUAGUUUAGAAUGGUUUUAGCAAGAGCUAACCUGCAAUCCUACUACUGUUAGCCAUAGCAAAGGGUCACUAACGGUCCAAUUCCGAUUUUCAGACUCAGUGUAGGCUAAAUUUACUAGCUAAAGGUGAAGUGAGGUGAAGGCAGGCAGUGAUAGCAUGUGUUAGCCUCUCUCUCUCCCUCUCUCUCUCUCUCUCUCUCUCUCUCUCUCUCUCUCUCUCUCUCUCUCUCUCUCUCUCUCUCUCUCUCUCUUUCUCUCUCUCUCUCUGUCUCUCUCUUACAUGUGCUCUACAUGAACAGGCCCUGUCUCUCUGUUCUCUCUUCUCUCUGCUAGGCUAGGCUAAGCGCUACGCUGCACUGCUAACUCAGCUGUGCUCUGAUGUCCUCUGGGCUGCAGGGGAAUGAACACAUCACGCUCCAUCCCCUUCUCUCUUUCUCUCUCUCUUUCAACUGGCCCAUUUAUUCUCUCUAUGCCCACCCUCACUUUCUGUCAUCUUACUCUCUCUCUCGCUCUCUAUGUCAAUAUUCCUCUGUUGUUUUAUUUUAUUCACUCUGUCUCUCUCUCAAUUAAAUUCUACUUUGUUGGCAUAAUUGCAUAAUACAAAAUGCAUUCUCUCUCUCUCUCUCAUAUAUAUAUGGGCAGUAGGGGGGCAGAUGGGGCACAGCAUGCCCCUAUUUCCUGUCUGGCUGUUCUCACCCCCUCCCUCCGACACCCCUUCUGACCCAGCCCUGGAGCUCUUGGCAGGGCAGACACAUCACCAGAUCAGAAGUACCUUAGGGCUGCCCCCAAGAAUGCCUGUCAGAAAAGGGGAACACGGUAUGGUAGUAGCUAGCUAGCACAAACCCUCACGUGUUCAUUGCGAAUGCAUGGAUAGCAGGACUUGAAAGUGUGAAUAUUGGUCUGAUUGUCUACCUUACUUACAUGUACUUACUUGUACUCUUCUUUAUUUUUAAAGAGGACAGUUUUUAUAUUGGCAAAUCAGUAACUACCCAGCUUAAAAUUCUAGGGAGAGAGAAUCUUUUUGUAAUGUUACCCUUAAUGUUCCCUAACGUUUGAGUGUCCAGUUUUCCGUUAGUUAGAGGAACAUGCUAUCUAUGUUAGCAAAAACCUUCUGAGAAUCUUUUUUGAAUGUUUUGGUGUUAAAAUUAGGAGAACAUACCCUUAAUGUCAAACAGAACUUAUCUAGAACGUGGUUACAAUGUCCUCAGAAUAUACAACAAUGUUCUAGACGUGUUUUAUGGGAUGUUGCAAGAACAUUCAUGUGUCCAGUUUUCUGUGGGUUAGGAGAAUAUUCCAUCAACGCCCCACCAAACAUGCGCAGAACAAAUCAAAUCAAAUCAAAUUGUAUUGCUUACACACACAUAUUUAGCAGAUGUUAUUGCAGGUGUAGCGAAAAGCUUGUGUUCCUAGCUCCAACAGUGCAGUAGUAUCUAACAAUUCACAACAAUACACACAAAUCUAAAAGUAAAAGAAUAGAAAUAUAUAAAUAUUGGGACUAGCAAUGUCGGAGUGGCACUGAAUAAAAUACAGUAGAAUACAGUAUGUAAACAUUAUUAAAGUGACUAGUGUUCCAUUAUUAAAGUGACCAGUGAUUCCAUGUCUAUGCACAUAGGGCAGCAGCCUCUAAGGUGCAGGGUUGAGUAACCGGGUGGUAGCCGGCUAGUGAUGGCUAUUUAACAGUCUGAUGGCCUUGAGAUAGAAGCUGUUUUUCAGUCUCUCGGUCCCAGCUUUGAUGCACCUGUACUGACCUUGCCUUCUGGAUGAUAGCGGGGUGAACAGGCCGUGGCUCAGGUGGUUGAUGUCCUUGAUGAUCUUUUUGGCCUUCCUGUGACAUCAGGUGAUGUAGGUGUCCUGGAGGGCAGGCAGUGUUCCCCCGGUAAUGCAUUGGGCAGACCGCACCACCCUCUGGAGAGCCCUGCGUUUGCGGGCGGUGCAGUUGCCAUACUAGGCGGUGAUACAGCCAACAGGAUGCUCUCAAUCUUCUCAAAAUGUAAAAUAUUAAUGUUCUAGACACAUUUAAUGGGAAUGUUGCAAGAACAUUCAUCUGUCCAGUUUUCUGAUGGUUAGGACAAUAUUCCAUCAACGUCCCACCAAACCUACACAGAACAUGGUUGCCAUGUUCUCAGAACAUAAGAUAUUCAUGUUCUAGACACGUUUCAUGGAAACAUUGCAAAAACAUUCAUUCAAUGUCUCCCACCAAACAUACACUGUGAAAGGUCCUGGCAUAUUUAUUUUUUACAUCUUUAUUUAACAAGGCCAGUCAAUUAAGAACAAAUUCAUAUUUACAAUGACGGCCUGGUAAGAGACAAAGGCCUUCCUGUGGGGAUGUGGGCUGGGAUAAAAUAUCUAAAAACAAUGUAAAACAAAAUGGACAACACAGACAGAAGUCACUGGCAACAACACAAAUACAACAGCAAACAAACAGUGUAUGUGUGUGUGUGCGUGCAGGCAUGUGUGUGGUGUGUGUGAAGUAAAACAGCAUGCUACCGUACAUAAGGCAAUGCAAACUAGUGACAUCGGGUGAGAACUAGAAACAACUACAUGUCUCAACAACCUGUUCAUCUAUUUUUCCUUUGAACUCCUCCAGGGACACCAGGACCUGGAGUUUUAGGUUGGCUUGGAGGGAAUUCCAAGACCAGGGGGCUGAGUAAUGAAAGGACCUUUUUCCAUGCGUGGUUCAAAUUUUCAGGACUGUUAGCAUAAAACAAGAUUGAGAUCUGAGCUUGUAUGUGUUUUCAUUUCGAGCUAGAAAAGAGGAUAGAUAAAAUGGCAGUUUUCCUAAAAUGGCCUUAUAAAGAAGAAUGUACCAGUGUUUGAGCCUGCGUGUUGCUAUUGAUGUCCACCCAACAGCACUGUAGCGAUCACAAUGGUGAAUUAGACGUCUCUGAUUGGUGACAGAACGAACGGCUGCAUGAUACAGAGUCAAGAGCCUUCAUUGUAGAGCUUGAGGCUUGCACAUAAUUAGUAUCACCAUAGUCCAAUACAGAGAGAAAAGUACAAGGAAUCAACUAUUUUCUGGCAGCAAAGGAAAAACAAGCUUUGUGAAUGUAAAACUAAAUGCAUGCUCUUCAAUCGAACGCUGCUCUGUGUAUAUCAAUGAUCGCUCUUGCUGCUGGUGACUCUCAGAUCCACCUCUACGCAGACAACACCAUUUUGUAUACAUCUGGCCCUUCAUUGGACACUGUGUUAACAAACCUCCAAACGAGCUUCAAUGCCAUACAACACUCCGUCCGUAGCCCCCAACUGCUCUUAAACGCUAGUAAAACUAAAUGCAUGCUCUUCAAUCGAACGCUGCUUGCACCCGCCCGACCGACUAGAACCACUACUCUCGGCAGGUCUGACUUAGAAUAUGUGGACAAAUACAAAUACCUAGGUGUCUGGUUAGACCGUAAACUCUCCUUCCAGACUCACAUUAAGCAUCUCCAAUCCAAAGUUAAAUCUAGAAUCGGCUUCCUAUUUCGCAACAAAGCCUCCUUCACUCAUGCUGCCAAACAUGCCCUCGUAAAACUGACUAUCCUACCGAUCCUUGACUUCGAUGAUGUCAUUUACAAAAUAGCCUCCAACACUCUACUCAGCAAAUUGGAUGUAGUCUAUCACAGUGCCAUCCGUUUUGUCACCAAAGCCCCAUAUACUACCCACCAUUGUGACCUGUAUGCUCUCGUUGGCUGGCCCUCACUACAUAUUUGUCACCAAACCCACUGGCUCCAGGCCAUCUAUAAAUCACUGCUAGGCAAAUCCCCACCUUAUCUUAGCUCAUUGGUCACCAUAGCAACACCCACCCGUAGUAUGCGCUCCAGCAGGUACAGUUGAAGUCGGAAGUUUAUAUACACCUUAGCCAAAUACAUUUAAUCUCAGUUUUUCACAAUUCCUGACAUUUAAUCCUAGUAAGAACUCCCUGUCUUAGGUCAGUUAGGAUCACCACUUUAUUUUAAGAAUGUGAAAUGUCAGAAUAAUAGUAGAGAGAAUGAUUUAUUUCAGCUUUUAUUUAUUUCAUCACAUUCCCAGUGGGUCAGAAGUUUACAUACACUCAAUUAGUAUUUGGUAGCAUUGCCUUUAAAUUGUUUAACUUGGGUCAAAUGUUCCGGGUAACCUUCCACAAGCUUCCCACAAUAAGUUGGGAGAAUUUUGGCCCAUUCCUCCUGACAGAGCUGGUGUAACUGAGUCAGGUUUGUAGGCCUCCUUGCUCGCACACAGUUUUUCAGUUCUGCCCACAAAUGUUCUAUAGGAUUGAGAACAGGGCUUUGUGAUGGCCACUCCAAUACCUUGACUUUGUUGUCCUUAAGCCAUUUUGCCACAACUUUGGAAGUAUGCUUGGGGUCAUUAUCCAUUUGGAAGACCCAUUUGCGACCAAGCUUUAACUUCCUGACUGAUGUCUUGAGAUGUUGCUUCAAUAUAUCCACAUAAUUUUCUUUCCUCAUAAUGCCAUCUAUUUUGUGAAGUGCACCAGUUCCUCCUGCAGCAAAGCACCCCCACAGCAUGAUGCUGCCAACCAGUGCUUCACGGUUGGGAUUGUGUUCUUCGGCUUGCAAGGAUCCCCCCUUUUCAUCCAAACCUAACGAUGGUGAUUAUGGCCAAACAGUUCUAUUUUUGUUUCAUCAGACCAGAGGACAUUUCUCCAAAAAGUACGAUCUUUGUCCCCAUGUGCAGUUGCAAACCGUAGUCUGGCUUUUUUUAUGGCGGAUUUGGAGCAGUGGCUUCUUCCUUGCUGAGCGGCCUUUCAGGUUAUGUCGAUAUAGGACUCAUUUUACUGUGGAUAUAGAUACUUUUGUACCUGUUUCCUCCAGCAUCUUCACAAGGUCCUUUGCUGUUGUUCUGGGAUUGAUUUGCACUUUUCGCACCAAAGUACGUUCAUCUCUAGGAGACAGAACGUGUCCCCUUCCUGAGCGGUAUGACGACUAUGUGGUCCCAUGGUGUUUAUAUUUGUGUAGUAUUGUUUGUACAGAUGAACGUGGUACCUUCAGGCAUUUGGAAAUUGCUCCCAAGGAUGAACCAGACUUGUGGAGGUCUACAAUUUAUUUUCUUAGGUCUUGGCUGAUUUCUUUUGAUUUUCCCAUGAUGUCAAGCAAAGAGGCACUGAGUUUGAAGGUAGGCCUUGAAAUACAGUGGGGGAAAAAAGUAUUUAGUCAGCCACCAAUUGUGCAAGUUCUCCCACUUAAAAAGAUGAGAGGCCUGUAAUUUUUCAUGAAUUUAUUUGCAAAUUAUGGUGGAAAAUGUUGGAUUUCUGGCUCUCUGUAAGUCUUCACAAGGUUUUCACACACUGUUGCUGGUAUUUUGGCCCAUUCCUCCAUGCAGAUCUCCUCUAGAGCAGUGAUGCUUUGGGGCUGUCGCUGGGCAACACGGACUUUCAACUCCCUCCAAAGAUUUUCUAUGGGGUUGAGAUCUGGAGACUGGCUAGGCCACUCCAGGACCUUGAAAUGCUUCUUACGAAGCCACUCCUUCCUUGCCCGGGCGGUGUGUUUGGGAUCAUUGUCAUGCUGAAAGACCCAGCCACGUUUCAUCUUCAAUGCCCUUGCUGAUGGAAGGAGGUUUUCACUCAAAAUCUCACGAUACAUGGCCCCAUUCAUUCUUUCCUUUACACGGAUCAGUCGUCCUGGUCCCUUUGCAGGAAAACAGCCCCAAAGCAUGAUGUUUCCACCCCCAUGCUUCACAGUAGGUAUGGUGUUCUUUGGAUGCAACACAGCAUUCUUUGUCCUCCAAACACGACGAGUUGAGUUUUUACCAAAAAGUUAUAUUUUGGUUUCAUCUGACCAUAUGACAUUCUCCCAAUCCUCUUCUGGAUCAUCCAAAUGCACUCUAGCAAACUUCAGACGGGCCUGGACAUGUACUGGCUUAAGCAGGGGGACACGUCUGGCACUGCAGGAUUUGAGUCCCUGGCGGCGUAGUGUGUUACUGAUGGUAGGCUUUGUUACUUUGGUCCCAGCUCUCUGCAGGUCAUUCACUAGGUCCCCCCGUGUGGUUCUGGGAUUUCUGCUCACCGUUCUUGUGAUCAUUGUGACCCCACGGGGUGAGAUCUUGCGUGGAGCCCCAGAUCGAGGGAGAUUUUCAGUGGUGUUGUAUGUCUUCCAUUUCCUAAUAAUUGCUCCAACAGUUGAUUUCUUCAAACCAAGCUGCUUACCUAUUGCAGAUUCAGUCUUUCCAGCCUGGUGCAGGUCUACAAUUUUGUUUCUGGUGUCCUUUGACAGCUCUUUGGUCUUGGCCAUAGUAGAAUUUGGAGUGUGACUGUUUGAGGUUGUGGACAGGUGUCUUUUAUACUGAUAACAAGUUCAAACAGGUGCCAUUAAUGUGUGGAGGACAGAGGAGGACAGAGGAGCCUCUUAAAGAAGAAGUUACAGGUCUGUGAGAGCCAGAAAUCUUGCUUGUUUGUAGGUGACCAAAUACUUAUUUUCCACCAUAAUUUGCAAAUAAAUUCAUUAAAAAUCCUACAAUGUCAAUUUGUCUGUCAUAGUUGAUGAGAAUUACAGGCCUCUCUCAUCUUUUUAAGUGGGAGAACUUGCACAAUUGGUGGCUGACUAAAUACUUUUUUUCCCCACUGUACAUCCACAGGUUCACCUCCAAUUGACUCAAAUGAUGUAAAUUAGCCUAGCAGAAGCUUCUAAAGCCAUGACAUCUUUUCUGGAAUUUUCCAAGCUGUUUAAAGGCACAUUCAACUUAGUGUAUGUAAACUUCUGACCCACUGGAAUUGUGAUACAGUGAAAUAUAAGUGAAAUAAUCUGUCUGUAAACAAUUGUUGGAAAAAUUACUUCUGUCAUUGCCAAAACUAUAGUUUGUUAACAAGAAAAACAGGUUUUAAUGACUCCAACCUAAGUGUAUGUAAACUUCCGACUUCAACUGUAUAUCUCACUGGUCAUCCCCAAAGCCAACACCUCCUUUGGCCGCCAUUCCUUCCAGUUCUCUGCUGCCAAUGACUGGAACGAACUGCAAAAAUGUCUGAAGCUGGAGACUCUUAUCUCCCUCACUAACUUUAAGCAUCAGUUGUCAGAGCAGCUUACCGAUCACUGCACCUGUACAGUAUCUCUAAUUACACAUCAUCUUUUGCACAUCUAUCACUCCAGUGUUAAUAUUAAAUUGUAAUUAUUUUGCACUAUGGCCUAUUUAUUGCCGUACCUCUUACUACAUUUGCACACACUGUAUAUAGAUUUUCUAGUGUGUUUUUGACUGUACGUUUUGUUUAUCCCAUAUGUAACUCUGUGUUGUUGUUGUUUUUAUCGCACUGCUUUGCUUUAUCUUGGCCAGGUCGCAGUUGUAAAUGAGAACUUGUUCUCAAUUGGCUUACCUGGUUAAAUAAAGGUGAAAUAAAAAAAUACACAUCUUAAAAACACAGCUUAAAAAACCCAAUACACAGCUUAAAUUUCCUGACAAGGUACUCUACAUGGUUCAGUGUCGCGUCGAAGCAAGCACAGUGUGACCACGCUCUCUGUAGCCGCUGUGAGUAAGACCUUUAAACAGUUAACAUUCACAAGGCCGCAGGGCCAGACGGAUGCGCGUACUCAGAACGUACUCAGACCAUCAAUUACAUUUUCAACCUCUCCCUGACCCAGUGUUUAUUUAUAUAUAUAUAUAUAUAUAUAUAUAUAAUCUAAACUCCAGAAAUAAUAGUAUUAACAAGUGUCAUUAAUCACCCACAGACUGGUUAAUAAUAAAGGACUAUUCCACCCUGACAGAGUUCCUGUGCAUUGUUUCACGCAAUAUGAUUGCAAACGUGACUUUCGUUUAAAUUUAGUUGCAGCAAUGAUAUGCUUUCAGAGCGGGGCAGAGAAACGAAAAAGAAAGAAAGAAAAAUGACCUAAGUCAACACAUUUCUUUAGUAAAAAGGCAGGUGCUCAGACUGGCCUCUGCCUGGGGGCAUCCAAAUCACUAAGUCCGCCCCUGGCCAUGGUGGGUGGAAAGAGAGGGGAAAAGAGAGAGUUAGACACACACACACACAUGCAGGUGUUUCUUUGAGAAGGAGAAUGCCGCACAGACAUAGGUCCUUAUUCUCUAUUCUCUAUUUACAUUUCUUGGGUGGGGUAUUUUCAAUUUCUCCUCCAUUUGCAAGACAAUGAAAUAUGGUAUUGGCAUGUCUGUGUUUCUGUUUGUUGCAAAACUUCAAUCAUAUAGUUGGCGUGCUGUGUAAUCCCUCAAAUACUUUAAGCCCUGCAAAGAUGAUUUAUUACUCAUAAAUAAUCUUUAAUUUCUCUUGCUCAUUUUGUGUCCUUUCCACUCCCCCAAACUGUGUAAGAUUAGUGUCAGUAGGAGGGAUGGAACAAAGGAGGGAGGGAUGGGGGAGGAAAAGUAGAGAAUAGGGAAAUGGAGGUCAACGAAGACCCCCUUUCACAUUGAACUGUAAGCAAAUUAGUAACCAUUCCCCCUCUUCCACACACACACACACACACACACACGCAUGCAUACACACACACCCUUCAAUUACUCUACCACUCCCCCUGCACACCUACACAUUCAGAUAUGUAGACACACACACACACACACACACUAAGGAAACCUUCACAGCGACCACACAUGCACGUCAUGUACCUUUUCCAUUGAUCAGUGGUCAUGGAAACAAACUCCAGACUGUACACCAGUGGUUGCUAUGGAGUGGGCCUGUUGUGAUGUAGUAUUUAUCUCUUUCUCCUCCCUCCUCUCUUUAUUCUCUCUCUUCUCCUUUACAUGAUGUUCUCCUCUCAGCAGUAAGCAUAGAGCUCAACCCGGAUUCUAUCCUUAACGCUCAGUGGGACUGCCUGUCUGGUUUUCAGGCUUUUCUCUAGACACUGUGGAUUUGGGCAUUUCUGGACAUUCAAGGCAUGUGCUUGCCACUGAUUGCAUCUGAGAGAGAGGGAGAGAGAGAGAAAGAGGAAGAGCGAGGGAGAGACAGAGAAAGAGUGUCUGAAAGAAUGAGAGUGAGAGAGAGAGGGUGUAUGUGAAAGACAGAAAGUGAGGGAGAGAAGGAGGGAAGAGACAUUUAGGCGUGCAAAUGGAAAAAACUGGCUCUAUCAGGAGGAAAGUUCGUUUUGGAGGUAACUGUGUGUGUGUGUGGGUGUGUGUGUGUGCAUACACGCACUUGAUGGUUGCUUGAGUUGAUUUAUUACUUAAGGGUGGUAGGAGUUGGGGUCGAUUUGUAAUUUGUUUUGUACCCUUAGAAUGAAAACUGGAGUGUGUCCAUAUGUCUAUGGUUGUUUGCACAGUUGAUUGGAUUGCAGAGCUGCACUUUUUUGUAUAGGAGUUUCACAGUUUGCAUGUUGCUGUUGUUUGUCUAUUUCUAUUAGUGUUGAUGAAUUGAUUUCUGUAGCCAUGCAUGCGGUCGGUGACUGAUGUGGUCAAUGACUGUUGGUCCUCCUGUUCUUCCACAGACACAAGAGCUGACCGCUCAGACAGGAGGAAACUCUUCCGACACUACACUGUGGGGUCCUACGAUAGCUUUGACGCCUCCAGGUAAGGUUACUCAGAUGCCUGUUCUAGAACACACAAACACACAGGGUGAUACGUGGAGGUAUAUGUGAAGUGGUAGCGUGUCUCAGAGCAGUGUUUUGAGGUUCGUUUCUUCUCUAGUUUUCAGUUGAAGUUAAAUUUUUCUCCUCUUCUUCUUCUCUCCCGUUGUCUUAUCCACUCCCAGUCACAGGCUUCAUUUCCAAGGUGUUGGAUUUGACCACUAGGCAAUUCCCCCACAGUCCACACACACGUAAGAGUAAAAGUAAAGAUACCUUCAUAGAAAGUGACUCAAGUAAAAGUGAAAGUCACCCAGUAAAAUAACACUUGAGUAAAAGUAAAAGUCUAAAAGUAUUUGGUUUUAAAUAUACUUAAGUAUCAAAAGUAAAUGUAAAUGCUAAAAUAUACUUAAGUAUCAAAAGUAAAUGUAAUUGCUCAAAUAUACUUAAGUAUUAAAAGUAAAAGUAUAAAUAAUUUCUAAUUCCUUAUAUUAAGCAAACUAGACGACACCAUUUUCUUGUUUUUUUUAAUUUAUGGAUAGCCAGGGGCACACUCUAACACUCAGACAUAAUUUGCAAACAAAGCAUGUGUGUUUAGUGAGUCCGCCAGAUCAGAGGCAGUAGGGAUGACUAGGGAUGUUCUCUUGAUAAGUGGGUGAAUUGUACCAUUUUCCUGUGAUGCUAAGCAUUCAAAAUGUAACAAGUACUUAUGGGUGUCAGGGAAAAAGUACAUUACUUUUAUAUUUAUAUUUUUUACAACUUUUACUUUUACUUCACUACAUUCCUAAACAAGUAAAGUACAGAUACCCCAAGAAAACGACUUAAGUAGUACUUUAAAGUAUUUUUACUUAUGUACUUUAUACCACUGCACACACACACACACACACACAUAGAAGCAUCAUGCACCUAAUCUUCAGGGAGCACUGAUGGCACGUGACCCCUCAGUUUCAAUAGGCGCGCACACACACACACACAACACACACCGGGCCAAGCGUGUCACUCAGGGUGUGUUCUUCAUUGUGUUCAAAUCUAAUUUAGCUGCAGCAACCCAGCGGGUUGAGACAAAUGCCCUUGUCCGUACAUGAAUAUGAAUGCUGCUAUACACCAUUAAGCUGUGUUUGAUCAGGCCAGCAUCAGAUAAGGCUCUUUGUAUUCAUUAGGCACCCGUCCAAACUAAUCACAGACCAGAGCAGAGAGCAACUACGCUAGCAGGGUGUCAAACCAAAGCAUACAGCUACACAGCGUGGUGCCCGACCACUAUGCAUACCACGGACCAUUAUGGACCAUUACACCACUACAGAGUGUUAUAGACCUUUAUAGCUCAAUCUUAAAUAAACAUGCCCCAUUCAAAAAAUACAGAACUAAGAACCGAUAUAGCCCCUGGUUCUCCUCAGACUUGACUGCCCUUGACCAGCACAAAAACAUCCUGUGGCGUACUGCAUUAGCAUCAAAUAGCCCCCGCGAUAUGCAACUUUUCAGGGAAGUUAGGAACCAAUAUACACAAGCAGUCAGGAAAGCAAAGGCAAACUUUUUCAAACAGAAAUUUGCAUCCUGUAGCACUAACUCCAAAAAGUUUUGGGACACUGUAAAGUCCAUGGAGAAUAAGAGCACUUCCUCCCAGUUGCCCACUGCACUGAGGCUAGGAAACACUAUCACCACCGAUAAAUCUACAAUAAUCGAGAAUUUCAACAAGCAUUUUGCUACAGCUGGCCAUGCUUUCCAUCUGGCUACCACUACCCCGGCCACCAACUCUGCACCCUCCGCUGAAACUUGCCCACGCCCCCCCCGCUUCUCCUUCACACAAAUUCAGACAGCUGACAUUUUGAAAGAGCUGCAAAAUCUGGACCCCUACAAAUCAGCUGGGCUAGACAAUCUGGACCCUUUCUUUCUAAAACUAGCCGCCGAAAUUGUCGCAACCCCUAUUACUAGUCUGUUCAACCUCUCUUUCAUAACGUCUGAGAUCCCCAGAGAUUGGAAAGCUGCCGCGGUCAUCCCCCUCUUCAAAGGGGGUGACACUCUAGAUCCAAACUGCUACAGACCUAUAUCCAUCCUGCCCUGCCUUUCGAAAGUAUUUGAAAGCCAAGUUAACAAACAGAUCACCGACCAUUUCGAAUCCCACCGUACCUUCUCCGCUAUGCAAUCCGGUUUCCGAGCUGGUCAUGGGUGCACUUCAGCCACGCUCAAGGUCCUAAACGAUAUUAUAACCGCGAUUGAUAAUAGAUAGUACUGUGCAGCAGUCUUCAUCGACCUGGCCAAGGCUUUCGACUCUGUCAACCACCGCAUUCUUAUUGGCAGACUAAAUAGCCUUGGUUUCUCAAAUGACUGCCUUACCUGGUUCACCAACUACUUCUCAGAUAGAGUUCAGUGUGUCAAAUCGGAGGGCCUGUUGUCUGGACCUAUGGCAGUCUCUAUGGGGGUGCCACAGGGUUCAAUUCUUGGGCCGACACUUUUCUCCGUGUAUAUCAAUGAUGUCGCUCUUGCUGCUGGUGACUCAGAUCCACCUCUACGCAGACGACACCAUUUUGUAUACAUCUGGUCCUUCAUUGGACACUGUGUUAACAAACCUCCAAACGAGCUUCAAUGCCAUACAACACUCCUUCAGUAGCCUCCAACUGCUCUUAAACACUAGUAAAACUAAAUGCAUGCUUUUCAAUCGAACGCUGCUGGCACCCGCCCACCCGACUAGAAUCACCACUCUUGACGGGUCUGACCUAGAGUAUGUGGACAACUACAAAUACCUAGGUGUCUGGUUAGACUGUAAACUCUCCUUCCAGACUCACAUAAAGAAUCUCCAAUCCAAAGUUAAAUCUAGAAUCGGCUUCCUAUUUCGCAACAAAGCCUCCUUCACUCAUGCUGCCAAACAUGCCCUCGUAAAACUGACUAUCCUACCGAUCCUUGACUUCGGCGAUGUCAUUUACAAAAUAGCCUCCAACACUCUACUCAGCAAAUUGGAUGUAGUCUAUCACAGUGCCAUCCGUUUUGUCUCCAAAGCCCCAUACGCUACCCACCACUGUGACCUGUACGCUCUUGUUGGCUGGUCCUCACUACAUGUUCGUCGUCAAACCCACUGGCUCCAGGCCAUCUAUAAAUCACUGCUAGGCAAAUCCCCGCCUUAUCUUAGCUCAUUGGUCACCAUAGCAGCACCCACCCGUAGUCUGCGCUCCAGCAGGUAUAUCUCACUGGUCAUUCCCAAAGCCAACACCUCCUUUGGCCGCCAUUCCUUCCAGUUCUCUGCUGCCAAUGACUGGAACAAAUUGCAAAAAUCUCUGAAGCUGGAGACUCUUAUCUCCCUCACUAACUUUAAGCAUCAGUUGUCAGAGCACCUUACCGAUCACUGCACCUGUACACAGCCCAUCUGAAAUUAGCCCACCCAACUACCUCAUCCCUAUAUUGUUAUUUAUUUUGCUAUUUUGCACCCCAGUAUCUCUAUUUGCACAUAAUCUCUUGCACAUCUAGCAUUCCAGUGUUAAUACUAUUGUAAUUAUUUUGCACUAUAGCCUAUUUAUUGCCUUACCUCCAUAACUUGCUACAUUUGCACACACUGUAUAUAUAUUUUCUGUUGUAUUUUUGACUUUAUGUUUUUUACCCCAUAUGUAACUCUGUGUUGUUUUUAUCGCACUGCUUUGCUUUAUCUUGGCCAGGUCGCAGUUGUAAAUGAGAACUUGUUCUCAACUGGCUUACCUGGUUAAAUAAAGGUGAAAUAAAAUAAAUAAAAAAAUAGCUAGACCAUUACAGUCCAUCCCGAGUGGCGCAGCGGUCUAAGGCACUGCAUCUAAGGCACUGCAUCUCGAACCCCCUGGUUCGAUUCCAGGCUGUAUCACAACCGGACAUGAUUGGGAGUCCCAUAGGGCGGCGCACAAUUGGCCCAGCAUCGUCCGGGUUUGGCCGGUGUAGGCCGUAAUUUUAAAUAAGAAUUUGUUCUUAACUGACUUGCCUAGUUAAAUAAAGGUAAAAUAAAAUAAAAUAAAAAUACAUAAAUUUAGACCACUACUCACAUCAUGUAGUAUGAUAUAGGCAUAUCUCCCAUAAGGGACCGUUCGAAAAUUACUGUGGGGGACCAAAAUAGUAACUAUUUUCUUUGCUUUGGGGAGGGUUGUGUAGUUUUUUUAUUGGGCACACUACAGUGGAGGAUAAAGUGCAUUUCCCCCCCGGUUUACAUUCACUGUUUUGGCAGGUUUUCCUAUAUUCCAUCCUAGCCAACUUUCCCAUCUGCUUACAUAUGCCUCCCCUAUGGAACCUGUGGUUCGGCCAAUAGAAAGUGUUCUAUGGGACACCUGUUUUGCCACUGACGGGCCGUGCACUGCAAGACACAGGUUCGGUGUGUGAAUCAAUGAAUGGAUUUCCCUCUGUUCUGUGUAGGCUACAUUUAUAAUGUAAUGUAUCAAUUUAUCAACACCAGAUCACAUCCCACCAGAGCUACACGUAGCCUACGCUCUCGCCAUUCAAUCUUCCUCGCCAGUUCAUUGCCAAUUUUGUUGACUAUUUUAUAUUCAGCAAGCAAGAGUGCUUCUAAUAAUGCCCUAAAUAAGUAUAUAUUUUUAUUUAAAUAAAUAUUACGGACUAAACUAUAGGCCUAUAUUGCUAUUCUUGGACACACAUUGGGCUAGACUAGUCGUUGAAUAGCCCAUUCAUAGACACUAACUUCCUUUAGCGCCUAUUGAAGAUAGUAACUUCUGGCCAGGGGAGUUUUGUUAAGAGCACCUACGCUUGCUCUAAACGUUAACACGUUGGUAACUAGCUGUUGCUAAAUAUCUCAAAAACUAAAAGCAUCAUUUUUGGGACAAAUCACUCGCUCAACCCUAAACCUCAUCUGGAUCUAUUAUUUAAUAAUUUGGCUAUUGAGCAAGUUGAAGAGACUAAAGUUCUGGGUGUCACCCUAGAUACCAAGCUAUCAUGGUCUAAACAUACAGACUCCAUGGUUACUAAAAUGGAAAGAGGUCUUUCCAUGAUAAGGCGUUGCUCUUCUUUCUUGAUAUCUCAUUCAACCAGACAGGUCCUACAGGCCCUAGUUUUGUCACAUCUGGACUACUGUCCAGUUGUGUGGUCAUGUGCGGCAAAGAAGGACAUAGGCAAAUUGCAGUUGGUCCAAAACAGAGCAGCACAUAUUGCACUUAGAUGUACACUGAGGGUGAAUGUCAAUGACAUAAAUGUCAAUCUCUCCUGGCUUAAAAUUGAGGUGAGAUUGACUGCAUGACUAUUGGUCUUUGGGCGAGGUGUUGAUAUGUAGAAGGUACCGAACUGUCUAUUCAAGCAGUUGGCACACAGUUCGGACACUCAUCGGUACCACACAAGACAUGCAACCAGAGGUCUCUUCACAGUCCCAUGGUCCAGAACAGAGGCUGGGAAACACACAGCAUUAAAUAGAGCCAUGACUAAAUGGAACUCUCUGCGACACCAGGUAACUCAAGCUAGCAAUAAAACCUGAUUCAAAAAAACAGAUAAAAUAACAUCUUACGGCACAACGGGGACUGUGAAGAGACACACAGAAAUGUUUAUGCAUUUUGUAUUGUAUUUUGCAUUGUAUUAUGUAUUGUAUUAUGUAUGUGAUAUGUGGUUGGGAUACGACAAUGAUAUGUGGUUGUCUCGCCUGGCUAUCUUAAGAAGAAUGCCCAUUCACCCUCUAAAUGGCACACAUACACAAUCUAUGUUUCAAUUGUCUCAAGGCUUACAAAUCAUUUAACCUGUCUCCUCCCCUUCAUCUACACUGAUUGAAGUGGAUUUAACAAGUGACGUCAAUAAGGGAUCAUAGCUUUCACCUGGAUUCACCUGGUCAAUCUAUGUCAUGAAAAGAGCAUGUUCCUAAUGUUUUCUAUAGUCAGUAUAUAUAUAUUUAUGUAUAUUAUGCCCCGGCAGCAGCUAAUUGGGGAUUCUAAUAAAUACUAAAUACUAAACAUGCAUCACUUGCAGUACGGUUAUGGAAACAUAAGGAAAGUAUCUUUCAUAAUUAUUUCCUAAAAACAAAAGGUUAAAUUACUACACACCUUUAUCGGGUUAGGGUUCCCACAUGCACCAUAUUUCCAUGUUACAGAGCUUGUUUACAGAAAACAGACGGAAGACAAAGUUUACUACCUGUGCUAAUUAGCUAUCUGUGUCUCCGAACACCUGUGUGUAAAUGGAAGACAGAUGCAACAAACGUGUUGUCACUGACAAAUACUGUUGGCUGCAACUGUGUUAAAACACGGUUAAAACAGUGUACAGUAAGUGUAUAUUUUGCAUUUGUCAAAUUAUUUUGAUGUGAUAUGAAAGUAGAGGGCUUUAUGUAUCUUUAUACAAUGGGUGGGUCUAAUCCUGAAUGCUGAUUGGUUAAAACCGCAUUCGAGCCGGUGUCUAUUCCACAAGUUACCACCAGCUAAAUCUAUGACGUUAAAAUGCCUAUUUACACUGUUCCACCUGACUGCGCAAUCCACUGUCUCAUCAACCCAGUCAGGCACUUUAUAAACUUGAUCUCCACUAUAAAAAGCAUCUAGACAUUAUCUCACAUUUCUUGUAGACUUACAUUUAGUUUUCAACAGCGGAGAUUUGUAGAAACCUUGCUGUCUGUCUCUCCGACAUUUGCAACAUUGUUUCAAUAUUCAAAUUCGAUCUCCUGCUGUCCCAUGGUAUUGAACGUGUCGGGAGUCGGGACGAGACAGACAGGCAGGUAACGUUUCUCAGCCGGUCGAAAUCAUGAAUCAGCUUGCAUCAUUUUUAUGGAUAUAUACAAAAAAAAUGUCAAUUGAAAAAAAGGUACAACGAAACACAGCUAAUUUGCAGUCUUUCCAGCUUCAGUUUGAAGUGAUUGUGUUACUGUAGCUGUGUUGUUGGCUAGCUCCUCUGAACAAGUGUGCUGACGAGUGAGCAGAUUCUCUAUGCCAGGCGAAAUCGCGCCUCAUUAGCUCAUUGUUAUGGAUGUAUCCAAAUAAAUAUCACUCGAAAACAGUUUAAACAAAUGCAAAUGCAGCUACUUUGCUGUUAUUCUGGCGGAAUUUUUUGACGUGACUGUAAGUUAGCCGUAGUUGGCUAGCUAGCAAGCAAGGGAUAAGAACGUUGCCAGCCAAUAUGACAAUGGAACAUUUAGAACGAACGACUGGGUCACGUCUAUAGAUACAGAACAAAAAGAACGAAUCACUGGGUCGCGUCUCCAGCAACCCUAGAUUUGUGUCGGAACUAUAUCUUGAAAUAGUAUGAAUAAAUUAAUUAAAAUAAUGUUUUAAUUAAAAUAUGUCAAUCAUUAUUUCAAUAUGUUGGUAACCCUUGUAUAAAAGUGAUAAUGCCCUCGAAGCCGGUGUUUGUUGGAUAUAUUGGCACGGAUUGUUGGCCCCCGACUUUGUCUCUGGCCUAACAACACCCGUGCCAAUAUACCCAACAAACACUGGCUUCGAGGGCAUUAUCAUUUAAAGAACCGCACCACAAUUGAGAAUCGAUUCACGUGUAGAUGGAGUAUUUGGCUGUUUUGGCUGCCAGAGCCAAUUUGCCUUUAAACGCGUAAGGUCCUUGGACUAUAUGGAGUAACGUUAGGCUCCUUUAGUCCAUUAUUGGCCUAGUCGUUCAAGAGCAAUAAGGAAUAGAGAGAGGAGAGAGUGAGAGAGGCCACUCAGGCCAGUGAGUCUGUGGAGAUGCCAGAGGAGAAUUGCACAAGAAGGGAACAGUGAAGUCAGAAAGAUUUAUAGACUAAAUUAGAAGUUAGGCUAAUUGAUAUAGGCCUAUUAAUGCAUAAUUCGUAUGCUAGCCUGUAUAUUUGGCCUUGGCAAACUACCACAGUGAAUUUAGGCGACCACCUGUGUAAUGCAAGACAGACAAAAAACGUUUUAACAUAUCAAUAAGUGGUUACACAGACUUAUACACUGCUCAAAAAAAUAAAGGGAACACUAAAAUAACACAUCCUAGAUCUGAAUGAAUGAAAUAAUCUUAUGAAAUACUUUUUUCUUUACAUAGUUGAAUGUGCUGACAACAAAAUCACACAAAAAUGAUCAAUGGAAAUCAAAUGUAUCAACCCAUGGAGGUCUGGAUUUGGAGUCACCCUCAAAAUUAAAGUGGAAAACCACACUACAGGCUGACCAAACUUUGAUGUAAUGUCCUUAAAACAAGUCAAAAUGAGGCUCAGUAGUGUGUGUGGCCUCCACGUGCCUGUAUGACCUCCCUACAACGCCUGGACAUGCUCCUGAUGAGGUGGCGGAUGGUCUCCUGAGGGAUCUCCUCCCAGACCUGGACUAAAGCAUCCGCCAACUCCUGGACAGUCUGUGGUGCAACGUGGCGUUGGUGGAUGGAGCGAGACAUGAUGUCCCAGAUGUGCUCAAUUGGAUUCAGGUCUGGGGAACGGGCGGGCCAGUCCAUAGCAUCAAUGCCUUCCUCUUGCAGGAACUGCUGACACACUCCAGCCACAUGAGGUCUAGCAUUGUCUUGCAUUAGGAGGAACCCAGGGCCAACCGCACCAGCAUAUGGUCUCACAAGGGGUCUGAGGAUCUCAUCUCGGUACCUAAUGGCAGUCAGGCUACCUCUGGCGAGCACAUGGAGGCCCCCCAAAGAAAUGCCACCCCACACCACAAACCGGUCAUGCUGGAGGAUGUUGCAGGCAGCAGAACGUUCUCCACGGCGUCUCCAGACUCUGUCACAUGUGCUCAGUGUGAACCUGCUUUCAUCUGUGAAGAGCACAGGGCGCCAGUGGCGAAUUUGCCAAUCUUGGUGUUCUCUGUCAAAUGCCAAACGUCCUGCACGGUGUUGGGCUGUAAGCACAACCCCCACCUGUGGACGUCGGGCCCUCAUACCACCCUCAUGGAGUCUGUUUCUGACCGUUUGAGCAGACACAUGCACAUUUGUGGCCUGCUGGAGGUCAUUUUGCAGGGCUCUGGCAGUGCUCCUCCUGCUCCUCCUUGCACAAAGGCGGAGGUAGCGGUCCUGCUGCUGGGUUGUUGCCCUCCUACAGCCUCCUCCACAUCUCCUGAUGUACUGGCCUGUCUCCUGGUAGCGCCUCCAUGCUCUGGACACUACGCUGACAGACACAGCAAACCUUCUUGCCACAGCUCGCAUUGAUGUGCCAUUCUGGAUGAGCUGCACUACCUGAGCCACUUGUGUGGGUUGUAGACUCCGUCUCAUGCUACCACUAGAGUGAAAGCACCGCCAGCAUUCAAAAGUGACCAAAACAUCAGCCAGGAAGCAUAGGAACUGAGAAGUGGUCUGUGGUCACCACCUGCAAAACCAGUCCUUUAUUGGGGGUGUCUUGCUAAUUGCCUAUAAUUUUCACCUGUUGUCUAUUCCAUUUGCACAACAGCAUGUGAAAUGUAUUGUCAAUCAGUGUUGCUUCCUAAGUGGACAGUUUGAUUUCACAGAAGUGUGAUUGACUUGGAGUUACAUUGUGUUGUUUAAGUGUUCCCUUUAUUUUUAGUACCGCGAUCCUCUCUCUCGCUCUCGCUCUCCCUUUCUCUCUCUUUCCCUAUAAUACACACACACACACCUUCCUUUGGAUGAUAUACAGUGCAUUCGGAAAGUAUUCAGACCCCUUGACUUUUUCCACAUUUUGUUACGUUACAGCCUUAUUCUAAAAUUGAUUAAAUCAUGUUUUUCCUCAUCAAUCUACACACAACACCCCAUAAUGACAAAGUGAAAACAGGGUUUUCUAAAUUAAAAAAAACAGAAAUACCUUAAGUAUUCAGACCCUUUGCUAUUUGACUCGGAAUUGAGGUCAGGUUCACCCUGUUUCCAUUGAUCAUUGUUGAGAUGUUUCUACAACUUGAUUGGAGUCCACCUGUGGUAAAUUCAAUUGAUUGGACAUGUAAAGGCACACACCUGUCUAUAUAAAGGUCCCACAGUUGACAGUGCAUGUCAAAGCAAAAACAAAGCCAUGAGGUCGAAGGAGUUGUCCGUAGAGCCCAGAGACAGGAUUGUGUCGAGGCACAGAUCUGGGGAAGGGUACCAAAGAAAUUCUGCAGCAUUGAAGGUCCCCAAGAACACAGUGGCCUCCAUCAUUUUUAAAUGGAAGAAGUUUGGAACCACCAAGACUCUUCCUAGAGCUGGCCGCCUGGCCAAACUGAGCAAUCGGGGGAGAGUGGCCUUGGUCAGGGAGGUGACCAAGAACCCGCUGGUCACUCUGACAGAGCUCUAGAGUUCCUCUCUGGAGAUGGGAGAACCUUCCAAAUGAACAAUCAUCUCUGCAGCAAUCUACCAAUCAGGCCUUUUUGGUAGAGUGGUCAGACGGAAGCCACUCCUCAGUAAAAGGCACAUGACAGCCCGCUUGGAGUUUGCCAAAAGGCACCUAAAGGACGCUCAGACCAUGAGAAACAAGAUUCUCUGGUCUGAUGAAACCAAGAUUGAACUCUUUGGCCUGAAUGCCAAGCGUCACAUCUGUAGGAAACCUGACACCAUCCCUACGGUAAAGCAUGGUGGUUGCAGCAUCAUGCUGUGGGGAUGUUUUUCAGCGGCAGGGACUGGGAGACUUGUCAGGGUUGAGGGAAAGAUGAAUGGAGCAAAGUACAGAGAGAUCCUUGAUAAAAACCUGCUUCAGAGUGCUCAGGACCUCACACUGGGGGAAGGUUCACCUUCCAACAGGACAACGACCCUAAGCACACAGCCAAGACAACGCAGGAGUGGCUUUGGGACAAGUCUGAAUGUCCUUGAGUGGCCCAGCCAGAGCCCGGACUUGAACCUGAUCGAACAUCUCUGGAGAGACUUGAAAACAGCUGUGCAGCGACCCUCCCCAUCCAACCUGACAGAGCAUGAGAGGAUCUGCAGAGAAGAAUGGGAGAAACUCCCCAAAUACAGGUGUGCCAAGCUUGUAGCGUCAUACCAAAGACGACUCAAGGCUAUAAUCGCUGCCAAAGGUGUUUCAACAAAGUGCUGAGUAAAGGGUCUGAAUACUUAUGUAAAUGAAAUUUUUUAUUUGUUUAUUUUUAAUACAUUUGCAAAAAAAAAUCUAAAAACCUAUUUUUGCUUUGUCAUUAUGGGGUGUUGUGUGUCGAUUGAUGAGGGGGAAAAAACAAGUUAAUCCAUUUUAGAAUAAGGCUGUAACAUAACAAAAUGUGGAAAAAGUCAAGGGGUAUGAAUACUUUCCGAAUGCACUGUAAAUAUGCAGGAGGCGUGUAUGUAUUACAUAGGUCAAGGCGAACAACUGAUAGUGGCAAGUGGCCAUCACGGAAUAGCCUAUAAUAACAGAUAACUCAGCAAUGAGCUGUCAUUACAUCCAAACCUGACUACUAAGCUACUAUUAUCUGUAUCCAAAGUUGAAGGACGGCUUAAGAAAACCACUUCUAAUUCAAUUAUUUUCAAGCAGAGACAUCAAGGCCCUUUUUGCUCUUUAAAGAUUCAUAAUAGAUUUUUAACAGACAGAAGGUGAUUUAAUUUUACAUGAGCCAGGAACUUUCCUGGCCGACGGGCACAGGGGGAGAAAAAGGUCGCCAAAUGUCGACCGGCAGAGGAAGGAAUCUUUCUUAGAAUUGUUGUCAAUGUCAACAUCAGGGACAGGAAAGAGGAAAAACAAAAGGAACCAAAAGUAAUACGACAAUAGCCUGUAACGAGAGCUGUAUACACUGAGUAUACCAAACAUUAGGAACACCUUCCUAAUAUUGAGUUGCACCCCCCCACCCCCCUUUUGCCCUCAGAACAGCCUCAAUUUGUUGGGGAAUGGACUCUACAAGUUGUCGAAAGUGUUCCACAGGGAUGCUGGCCCAUGUUGACUCCAAUGCUUCCCACGGUUGUGUCAAUCAAGUUGGCUGGAUGUCCUUUGGGUGGUGGACCAUUCUUGAUGCACACGGCAAACUGUUGAGCGUGAAAAACCCAGCAGUGUUGCAGUUCUUGCGCCUGGCACCUACUAACAUACCCCGUUCAAAGGCACGUAAAUAUUUUGUCUUGCCCAUUCACCCUGUGAAUGGCACACAAACACAAUCCACGUCUCAAUUGUCUCAAGGCUUAAAAAUCCUUCUUUAACCUGUCUCCUCCCCUUCAUCUACAUUGAUUCAAGUGGAUUAAACAAGUGACAUCAAUAAGGGAUCAUAGCUUUCACCUGGAUUCACCUGGUCAGUCUAUGUCAUGGAAUGAGCAGGUGUCCUUAAUGUUUUGUAUACUCAGUGUAUAUCUAUAUGUAUACAUAUCUAGCCUGUAACAAGAAAGGAUAAUGUAGGUCAUGUGGUUAGACAUUUGAAUUAGUGCGGUGGUCACAUCACCAGGACUAUUGCGUCCUUAUCCUCUGGCCCCACAUUGUCCACGUUUUGACACUUGUAUCUGUUAUUGUCACUCAGGUGGUUGGAUAAAGGUGACUAUCGGUAACAUGCAAACUCUCCUCUGUCAAACCAUAGGACAUUGUUAGAUCAACAAAGUGGCGAUGCUUCAGGUGAUAACGGUGCGGUUAAUGUCACGUGGCCCCGUGUAGCUCAGUUGGUAGAGCAUGGCGCUUGCAACGCCUGGGAUGUGGGUUCGAUUCCCACGGGGGGCCAGUAUGAAAAAAUGUAUGCAGUCACUAACUGUAAGUCGCGCUGGAUAAGAGUGUCUGCUAAAUGACUAAAAUGUAAAAUGUAAAUUGACCACUGGACUCCAUGUCUUAAAUCGAAAGUUGUAUUAUAAUAUAACCAGUAUGUUGUCCUUUUUUUCUAAAUAGAUUGCGUUGCUAAGGGAACUCUGCAUUUGCUGCUCUGUUGCUAGGAAGGCAGUUGCAGCUCUCCAUCUCUCCUCUCAUCCUUCACUAUCCCUGUUUAAUGUGUCUAAUUUCUCAUCCAUUGUCUGGGUGGAUUUGACUGUUUCCCCCCCUCAUUUGCAAUGGUAGAGUACACACACAUACACACACACACUCAUCAUAGAGAGCUUCUUGGGGGCCAUGGUGUGAAGGAAGGAUAAAAUGAGGGAGAUUGGGGAAGUGUUUACUGCCAAGUGAAAGUUCAAUAGGUGCCUUUCAUUCCCCCCUAAUCCCAGCUCUUGUGGCAGAUCAACUUUAGCAAAUGAGUAUGCCACACUAGUAACACAGUCUAUGUGCCUUAAGUAUAUAGACUGAAAUGUUCAAGCAGCAAAUGUGGCAGUUAAAAGGUAUAUAGCAGUAUUGCUGGUAGCCCUAUGGUGGUGUUGAUGGGCCUGUAUUGCUUGGACCACGUCAUUGCUGCUUGUAGAUAUUGUUUUUUUCAGGAAGUUAUAGAGGUGAAGAGAUGUCUGAGAAUUGAAUAGCCUGAUUGAAUGUGGUUGUGACUAACGUGGUGGAGUUCUGUUUUUGGAGUAUGAGCGCACUGGUUGGAGUUACCACCUUUCUGCCCAAUCUCAUUUGGAGUCAGGCUGGGGAAAGAGGAUCCAACAAAAAUCUCUUUUAUAAAAACUGUAUCAAAGCCCCAUCCGUGAUUUUAAAACCACAACAAUGAAACUGAAAGCAACAUAAUUACCUGAAUAACUUUCCCUCCCUCUCUGUUUCUCUCAUCACAUUGCUUGAGCGCAUCUGUCGCCUUGGAUUACAUUAAUGAAAAAUGUAAUGCAAGCGCAUGCGGGCUGCGUCCCUCUCUGUGUCACCAACCGCCACCCCACGCCACUGAGUCAGAGGACACCCACCUCUCGACUCGAGUAAAAGGGUCAAUCACUCACGCAUGGCCUCCUGUCGUUGUGCCCGCGCACUGCCAUGCUGGUCACGCUCUCCCUACUCGCUCUAUCUCUCUCUCUCUCGCUCUCUCAUCCGUUGCGCGCACUCCUCGCCUAGGACUCUUUUAACUGCCUGCCACCCUCCGUUCCGUUUCUCUCCCCCUCCUCCGCACCAAGCCACGCUUUCAUCAUCAUUUAUUUAGUCGGUAAUGCUGCUUCUAUCCGACGUCACGCUUCGACUUCGUCGCCAGCUCUGGCCUCCACUUGUCGCUCCCCAGAGUGGUUUUCGGCGGCAGAGGAGAGGAGCGGCGGCGGCUUUUCUGGAGAUGCGGGCGCCGGACUGCCACUGCCAGCGUUGUCGCGCAAUUCAUUUGAGCUAAAAGGGACCGAGGCAAGGAGCCCUUCCGUCGGGGGCUGCCCAGAGUAG